AUGGAUCAGAUCUAUAGCGAUUAUUGUUCCAACCAACUUAACGAACAAUUAUCUAUCCUAAAGGAUUUCGAGCAUGACUUACAACUCGUACCGUGUCCACAAUCUAAUGAUGCCGUUUUGAAUGAAUUCAUCAAGUUGAAAUACCAAGAUAUCCAUUCUGAUUAUUUGUUACUUAACCUGAUAAAUCAGAACAAAAUCAUAGAAUUGAUCAACAAGAAAUUAACCCUUGUCAACUCAGCACCUGAUAACAUGAAAAUUGAAUUGAUAGAGAAGAUCGUAGAAUUACUGGUAAUACUGAAAUAUGAUUUUAGAAAGGCAGAGAUCUUGAAGUUUAUUCACAAGUUGAAGCAAUCUUUCAACAUACAUUUCCAAGAUGAGUUAUUUCUGAAGUUAUUGAAUAAAGAUUUCAUCCAUAUAAACGAAUUCGAGUCAUUCUUGGCUGCAGUGAAAACAAAAUGGAUAUUGAAACUACCAAAAUCAAAACUCAUUGAAAAUUUAAUUCAAACCAAUUUGUCUGUACUACCCUUAUCUUACAAAUCCAUAAAACUUCAGAAUAUAAAUCGAUUAUUCGGUGUAGAAGUAGACGAGUCAAUCAUAUCCAAGAUGAUAAGUGACGACAAUUUAAAUGGAAAGAUCAAUCAAUUGAAUCAAUGUUUGGUAUUUGACGAUUUCCAAUUAGAGAAUAACAUUUUCGAUAUAAUAGAAGAAUUGAGUGUUUAUUAA